AUGAGUAGUUUUUUGAAUUGCCUAGUAGUUGAGAGGUAUCAGUAUGUGGCUAAUGAUGAAGAAUUGGUAAAUGCAAUAGAUGAUGUGUCUGCUUUCUACCAAACCAUUACUUAUGAUCAUGUUAUUGGUGGAGUAAAGAUUAAGGGAGAGCAAACUUUGAAAAAUGACCCCGGGCCUAUUAAAGAUUAUACGUUCACUAGGAGGAAUAUCGGUGAUGACGAGGAAGGUAAUCCUCAAGUCAAUAAUGCGCAAGGACAAGAAGACAUUUUAUGCACUUCCCCUUGCCCUCCCUCUCUCUUCCUCUUCCUUCCACCACCGAAGUCAUCGUCGUCGGACAAAGCACCAUGGACGCCACCACUGAAGCCACUCCUUUUUCUCCCCGACUCUGAUCUCUUGCUCUCUCAUAAGAAAUUGAUUCUUAGUUCGUCGUCUACUGUUAUCCAUCCGAAGAGACAGACAUACCCUCUGUUCAUGAUACAUUCAAGGCCACGAAAUCGAUUUUGGAACCCUAGUUCUGCUCUACUCAGAAACUCAUACGACUUCAAGUGCCCGAACUUUGACGAUAUUGAGAAACACCAUGACUUCUAGAACUUACUCCAUGGUACUGCCACCGCAUCUGUAGCUGCAACUUAAAAAACUAUCCCAGCGGCUAUUUUAAAUUUGAUUCAAUGUUUUGGAAUAUGUUUAUGUUGGCUUGUUUUGGACUACUACUGGUUGCUAUCAAACAUUUGCUAGCAAUGCCAUUACGUUUACUUCAAAUCAUUUCCUAGUCUUGCCAAGCAUUUUAAUUAGUUGAGUUGAUAAAAAACUUAACCUUACUGUGAUACUAAAGUUUGUUUUUGGCACCUUUGCAACUACAA